ACAGGACAAUGCCGCGUACAUACUGCUGCGUUGACUUCUGCGGAACAUAUUCAGGGUUGGGUAUAGCUAUGCAUCGUUUUCCCCACGAUACCCUUCACUGGCAGAAGUGGACCGAGUUCGUGCGCGCCCCUGGACGCUUGGAGUGGACCCCGCUGAGAAGCAGCGUUAUCUGCUCCCUUCAUUUCGAGCGUGCAUGCUAUAAAGAAAACCCGCUGGACUUAACGCAGUCCGAUUUUCCACCAAGACGACGUGCCCUCAAGCCUGGUGCUGUGCCGACUAUUUACGCCGCCUUUUCUCCUGCUCCAUUGCCCCAGCGUCCUCGACGACAGUCGUGCUUGGACACGGAGCUUGAGUCAGCUGCCCCCCGUACCGCGUCGAUGGACCUCAACGCUGACUACGAGAUAAACGAGGCCGCGAAUGCAUCAGGUCAAGUAAAGCUGGAUGCACCAUCCGAGUGCUUCGUUGAAGUUUGUUCCAAGGCCACUCAGGCGGCUCUGAAGGCUACAACAAAAUCUGCAAAGGUGCAAGCAAACCGAACUGUCAAGGAAGUGGCAUGCCAGACUGAUUUGGAAUUGCCGGACAUCCUGUUGAUGGAGGAAAUGCGUCAGCGGUGUUCUACACCUUUAUGUUCAGAGCCAUCCAUGACCUGUGAAGACAACAAUUAUGACAAGACAUAUGAGCGUACAUUGAACAGCUCAGUGGCCCAUGAACUCGCUUACCGUUAUCUUACUGCUGGGCUUUGUCGCUUCUGCCAGUGCCAGUGCAACCGACAUCACCGAAGAUUGUCAGGCUGUAGGUCCGGUGGAGUGUGGCCACGGUGAAGUAAGGGCCACUCUCUUUGUUAACAGAACAAGAUUUGCCUCUGCAUGCCUGGCGAAGAACGACCCGCAGACAGCUGCACGUUUGCUUUUGCCCUCAUGCACGAAAAACAACGGCACAAGUGUGGUCUGCAGCAGCGCCUCUCCAACGCACAUGUGCUGCGAGUGCUCCGACAUCACCGAAGAAUGCCAGGCAACAGGUCCGGUGGAGUGUGGCGGUGGUCUAGUAAGGGCCACUCUCUUUCAUGGAGGAGGAAGAUUUGCC